AAAAAAAAACCCGAACAAAUUGGAGAAAAAAAUAACCCAUCAAAAUCGCAGAAAAGCCAAUCAAAAUCACAAAAUAGGGAAUUUCAGCGAAUGGAUGAUGCUCUUCUCCUAAAUUUCCCUCCUUCUUCCAAGCUCGCCCUCUUCCUCUCCUCUAAAUCCCUAACCCUCUACCGGUAGUCCCAUAAAAAUCCCCUUUUUUAUACGUUUUUUUUGUGUGUGAAGUUUUUGAUGGGUAAUGGAGUUUCGAGCAUAGAGGGUGGGGCCCACGAGACGGCGAUGGGGGAUUUGCCGGAGAGUUGCGUGGCUAGGGUUUUGAUGGACAUGGGGCCCGCUGAGAUCUGCAGUCUGGCGAGGUUGAAUCGAACGUUUUGGGCGGCGGCGGCGGCGGGAGGGUUUUGGGAGAGGAGGAGCGCGGGAAAGUUGUGGGGAGGGAAGAAGGAGGUUUAUUCGAGGCUUUGUCGGCAUACUUUCUUCGAUGGAGGCACAAAGGAGUUUUGGAUGGUGAAACACACCGGUGGAGUCUGCAUGUCGAUUUCUUCAAAGGCUAUGUUGAUUACUGGAAUCAAUGAUCGAAGAUACUGGAAUUACAUCCCUACUGAGGAAUCAAGAUUCCACACGGUUGCAUACCUCCAACAAAUCUGGUGGCUAGAAGUCGGCGGAGAGAUUGACUUCUUCUUCCCAAAAGGCACUUACAGCCUCUUCUUCCGCCUCCACCUCGGCCGUGCUUCGCGGCGUCUUGGCCGUAGGAUCUGCAGUCCCCAACAUAUCCACGGCUGGGAUAUACAGCCCGUUCGAUUUCAUCUCUCAACAUCAGACGGUCAGCGGUCCCAGUCCAAAUGCUACUUAGAUGAGCCAGGGAGCUGGAUCCUUUACCAUGUAGGAGAUUUCGAUGUUAAGGAUUCGAGAGAAUCAACGACAGUGAAGUUCUCAAUGGUACAGAUUGAUUGCACUCACACGAAAGGUGGUCUCUGUGUUGAUUCUGUGUUAAUAUAUCCCAAGGGAUUUAGACCGAAGGAGGCGCCUCUGAGCUAUAAUAAUAUGCAUGGAUAAAGAGGCGUGUAUAUUUGUUUUCUUGUAAGUUAGUGUGUAGUUGUUCAUUGUUAUACAUUUUGUGUUUGUGAAAUGUAAAUAGGAGGGAUGAGCUAUUUUAGAUUCCAUAAAUUAGUUUAUGAUUGUUCCUUUUUGUUCAAGUAGUGGAGAGAAGAUAAUCUUAGCCAGGGGUUUAUGUAGAGUUCAAUGCUUUGUAUGAUGAUAAUAUAUAUGGCACUAUAUAGUAGUCAUUUUGUAUCCA